AUGGUCAAUAUUUACACCCUUAAAGAUGUUUCAAAACAUAAUACAAAGGAGGAUAUGUGGGUAGUAUUACACAACAAGGUGUACAACGUCACUGCAUUUGUACCUGCUCAUCCCGGUAGUGAAGAUAUUUUGAUUACCAGGGCAGCUGGAAAGGAUGCGACAGAAGCAUUUGAAGACAUUAACCAUUCUGAGCUUGCUCGAGAGACGCUUGAACAAUUUAUGAUUGGUCAAUUACAUGAAGAUGUAAGUUAA